UGUACCACGGUGUCCUGUGUACGAGAACGCUCUCGUUCUCAGGGUUUGUAUCACGGUACCCUGGUUACGGGAACGCUCUCGUUCUCAGGCUUUGUAUCACUGUACUCUGGGUACGGGAACGCUCUCGUUUCUGGGAAUCUAGCCGGGUAAAAGCCGUAUUAUUUAGCUCUCGAAUAUCUUUUGUCCUCUCCGGAAAUAUUUUUUCUAAAUUCUUAUAAUAACUGAGAACAAAGACCUGGUGGACUGUUCCGAACAACCGUAAUGAACUACUUUGUGCCCGAACCACUACUGAUGUUGGUCGCGGAUGGAUACUGCUAUAUGCCCGUGACAGUUUUUGGGAAUCGAGAUGUCAGGUAACUCAAGGUAACUUUAGGAAUUUUUGGAAAAAUUAGAUGUCUAAAUUAAUGCUGAAGUGUUAUAAAGAGCAAUAGGUGGCUUCUUUGAUACCUUGAGGAUGCAUAGACAUUAUUUGUGUCAUAACUCCAGGAGCUCUCGUUCUAUAGAAAUCGAAUCUGUUGCUUGCGAAGUUGCGACGUGUGUCGUUUUUUAUAGCAAAGUUCUCAAUCUCACAGUAUUUUGUGCAGCCACAGUUCUGAUGAUCAGCUUAUAACGUCCUCUGAGCUAUGUAGAUCAUCAGGAGAUUCAUAUCUGUUCCAAAAACUCAGUAAUUAACUGUAAGUACGAUAUAAAGUUAGCACAACAAAGCAAAGUUCAUUUGGGCGCGUGCUUUUGCUAUUUUUCGCAACGCCUCUGGGGCGAUGUCAUGCAAUCCAGACCUUCUACUGAGCAAUACAUUGGAACAGUGAAUAAUUUCAUCAGGUUGUUAAAUACUCAAUCAAAAUGUUCUUUGUGCACGACCAUGGAACUUAUUGAGAGGCAACAUCUUGAUGACCAUCUGUCGUCUUCGUCAGGGCAAUACUGACUGGUUCACAGUGCACUGGAACUGGGUGAUGCAGUCCCAAACAUGAAGUAUUUCAUGGUCGUGCACAAUUACUUAACAGGUCAAGAAAACUGAGCUAUAGCUGACAAUGUUCCCAUGUGUUUAGUCACACUUCAACUAAUAUCUUUGUUUCCUAACAGAUUUAAUCCAAAGAUGGAAGAACCAAAACACACUGAAAAGAAAACUUACAUAUGUGGGGAGUGUGGAUACAGGACAGCUCGCAAGAACAGCUUAUCCCGACAUUUGAGAACUCAUACAGGAGAAAGGCCCUACAAGUGUGACCAGUGUGACUACUCUGCAGGGCUGAAAUCCUGUUUGGAUGAACACUGUCUCGCGAAACACACUUGUGAGAAACCAUACAUGUGUGAGGAAUGUGGAUACAAGACAGCGAGAAAGUCUCACCUUUCUGAGCAUAUGAAAACUCACACUGGGGAGAAACCCUACGUAUGUGAUGAAUGUGGAUACAGAGCAACUCAAAAGUCUGACCUAUCCAAGCAUAUGAGAACUCAUACAGGAGAAAGGCCCCACAAGUGUGACCAGUGUGACUAUUCUGCAGCGCUGAAAUCCUGUUUGGAUCAACACCGUCUCGCUAAACAUACUGGAGACAAACUCUAUGUAUGCGAGGAAUGUGGAUACAGAGCAACUCAAAAGUCUCACUUAUCCGGUCAUAUGAGAACUCAUACCGGGGAAAGGCCCUAUAAGUGUGACCAGUGUGACUAUUCUGCAGCGCUGAAAUCCUGUUUGGAUCAACACCGUCUCGCUAAACAUACUGGAGACAAACUCUAUGUAUGCGAGGAAUGUGGAUACAGAGCAACUCAAAAGUCUCACUUAUCCGGUCAUAUGAGAACUCAUACCGGGGAAAGGCCCUAUAAGUGUGACCAGUGUGACUAUUCUGCAGCGCUGAAAUCCUGUUUGGAUCAACACCGUCUCGCGAAACACACCAGUGAGAAACCCUUUGUGUGUGAGGAAUGUGGGUACAAGACCGCGAUAAGGUCUAACCUUUCUGCACACAUAAAAACUCACACUGGAGAGAAACCUUUUAAGUGUGAGGAAUGUGGAUACAGGGCAGCUCUUAAGUCUCACUUAUCCCGACAUAUGAGAACUCAUACCGGGGAAAGGCCCCACAAGUGUGACCUGUGUGACUACUCUGCAGCACGGAAAUUUUGUUUGGAUGAACACCAUCUUGCAAAACACACCAGUGAGAAACCCUUCAUGUGUGGGGAGUGUGGGUACAAGGCAACGCAAAAGUCUCACCUAUCACAGCACUUAAAAACUCACACAGGAGAGAAACCUUUUAAGUGUGAGGAAUGUGGAUACAGGGCUGUGAAAAAGUCUCACCUAUCUCAACACAUGAAAACUCAUACAGGGGAAAAACCUUACAGCUGUAGCCAGUGUGAGUAUUCUGCUGCACAGAAAUCCUGUUUGGACAAACACCUUCAAGCUAAACACCCUAGUGAGAAACCCUAAAUGUGUAGGGAGUGUUAAUGUGUGGGGAGUGUGGACAUACGGCUACAAGGUCUUGUCUGUCCCAACUUGCAAGAAUUCAUACAGUAGAGGAAACCUUGCAAUAGUAGUGACCGGCUGAGCGUGACUAUUGUUACUGGGAAUAAACCUAGUACUAGAUUUAUUUUGUUUAUUGUUUGUUUCAGGGCUUAGCCAAUAUUGAGACAGUACAAAGAUACAAAAGUGGACCACAUAAGUUACUUGAAUCAUAUUGUAGGUGACGUUGGGUAAACAAUGAAUCUUGAUAUAAUGCCUGACUCAAAACAGUUUUGUCCGUGUCCUACUCAUGGUCAAGUCCAGUUGUAUAUGAUAAUGUCAUUGCCUGCUUAUAGCCAAGGUCACACUUUCAUACUGGGGCCCAGCCAGGCAGCUUUUUGAAAUGAAAAGCAUACUAUAACAUAAAAGACAACAAA